CAUGCGCGAUGUGGAUUAUUGGUGGAUGUGUGUGGCGCAGACGUCUGGUGUAAAAGCUGAGCUGCUAACAGCUCGUUUACAACAUACCUAUUAAAUAACACACUUUUCAAAUAUCGUCAGAAUUUCCAGGGGGACUUGAAGUGAAGUGAGCCAGCAAAGAUGCCCGAGACUGAGAGUUAUUCCAAUCCUCUGGCCCCUGAGGGUCACGAUGUGGACGACAGCAGAGCUGCCACACAGUCAAAGUUGACAAACGAUGACUUCAGAAAGUUGCUGAUGACGCCACGUGCCACGCCGUCUUCGGCCCCACCCUCCAAGUCCAGACAUCAUGAAAUGCCACGGGAUUACAAUGAGGAUGAAGAUCCUGCGGCGAGGAGGAGGAAGAAGAAGAGCUACUACGCUAAGCUGCGUCAGCAGGAGAUGGAGCGAGAGAGAGAACUGGCGGAGAAAUAUCGAGAUCGUGCCCGAGAGCGCAGGGACGGAGUCAACAAAGACUACGAAGAGACGGAACUGAUCAGCACCACUGCCAAUUACCGAGCAGUCGGGCCGUCGGCCGAGGCUGACAAGUCGGCAGCAGAGAAACGUCGGCAGCUGAUCCAGGAGUCCAAGUUUUUGGGAGGUGACAUGGAGCACACUCACUUGGUGAAAGGUCUGGACUUUGCUUUGUUGCAGAAGGUGAGAGCAGAAAUCAGCAGCAAAGAGAAAGAAGAAGAAGACAUGAUGGAGAAGGUCCAAAAGGAAGCCAAGAAAGAUGUGGAACCGGAGGAGAAGAUAGAGUUCAAGACUCGUCUGGGUCGCAGUAUCUACCGUGUGGUGUUCCGCUCUGGUCUGGUGGAGAGGAACGAGCUCUUCUUGCCGGGCCGCAUGGCGUACGUGGUGGACCUGGACGACGAGUUCACAGACACCGACAUCCCCACCACUCUCAUCCGCAGCAAAGCCGACUGUCCCAGCAUGGAGGCUCAGACCACUCUGACCACAAACGACAUCGUUAUCUCCAAGCUGACUCAGAUUUUAUCUUACCUCCGCCAAGGGACUCGGCACAAGAAGAUGAAGAAGAAGGACAAAGGUAAAGGAGAUGAGAAAAGAGCUCCAGAGGCUGAUCUCAGCAUCUUUGAUGACAUCGGCGACUAUGUGGCAUCCUCAGCCUCUUUGUCCAAACCCCCAAAAGACAAAGAGAGACACAGAGAGAGGGAGAGAGAGAGAGAAAGAGAGAGGGAGAGGGACAGAGACGAAGACAAGAACCGCAGACACAACUACUUUGACAAACCUCAUGGAGACCAGCACCAGGUGGUGGAGGUGGAUUCAGGUCCAGGAUCAGUCAGAGAUCAGAUCAAGUUGAUCAAUGAAAAGUUUGCAGGAGCAGCAGGCAGCCAAUGGCAGGGCCAGGAUUCCUCAUCGUCUCAGAGGAGAGAUGCAAAAGAACAUUUGGGAGAUUUCUUUGGCGGAUCCAACUCUUAUGCAGAAUGUUACCCUGCAACGAUGGAUGAUCUGGCUGUGGACAGUGAUGAGGAAGUGGACUACAGUAAGAUGGACCAGGGCAACAAAAAAGGGCCGCUGGGUCGUUGGGACUUUGACACGCAGGAAGAAUAUUCAGACUACAUGAACAACAAGGAAGCCCUGCCCAAGGCAGCCUUCCAGUACGGCAUCAAGAUGUCAGAAGGCCGGAAGACUCGCCGCUUCAAGGAGACCAACGAGAAGGCGGAGCUUGACCGCCAGUGGAAGAAGAUCAGCGCGAUCAUCGAGAAAAGGAAGAAGAUGGAGGCAGACGGGGUGGAUGUGAAACGACCCAAAUACUGAAGCGUCUGCUCGAGGCCAAACUUCAUCAGCUCCUGUUUUACCCCCCCCCCCCCCCCCCCCCAAAUUAUGUUCAUUACGAGUAUUGUGACUUGUCAAUAAAAACGACAU